CAUCGUUUAGUUUGUAGGAGAAGGGAGCGAAGAGGCGCGUUGCCAAAAUGAUGGAAGAAAUAGAUAGAUUUCAAGUGCCGAGUGCUGUACAGGAGGCGGAGAUGCAGGCUGAGAUGCAGCCGCUGGACCCAGCCUCAUCCACAGCUUCAGAGGCAGACUCAGACACCAGAGAGGGGGAGCCUGUCACUAUAAACUACAAGCCUUCACCCUUGCAGAUGAAAAUAGAGAAACAGAGAGAACUGGCUAGGAAGGGCUCACUGAAGAAUGGCAACACUGUAGGUAGUCCGGUCAACCAGCAGCCCAAGAAGAACAAUGUCAUGGCCAGAACACGGUUGGUAGUUCCCAAUAAAGGCUAUUCCUCUUUAGACCAGAGCCCAGAUGAGAAACCCUUGGUGGCUCUAGAUACAGACAGUGAUGAUGAUUUUGACAUGUCUAGAUACUCAUCAUCAGGAUACUCUUCGGCCGAGCAAAUCAAUCAAGAUCUGAACAUUCAGCUGCUGAAAGAUGGUUACCGCCUAGAUGAAAUCCCCGAUGAUGAGGACCUGGAUCUGAUCCCACCCAAAUCAGUCAACCCUACCUGCAUGUGCUGCCAGGCAACCUCCUCUACUACCUGUCAAAUACAGUAACCCUGCCUCUCUGACCCCCCCCCUGCUCUUUUCCACACAUCAUGAGCUCCCCUGCCCUCCCGUCUUUAUCUGCUGUGAGUUUACUUCACCAUGCGAGUGGUGACAGAGAGACCUUGGUAGAAUAUUGUAAGUGCUAUGAUGAUAUUGACAACAGCAAAUAUUCAAAUUACCUUAUAAAAACCUUGGUUUAAAAAUCUAGGAGAACGAACGUGUUUGAAAUUAAUCAUUAUGUAUUUAAAACAUUAGUAAACUGGUGGUUUCCUCCUAUGGUAGGACGUGCACUUGUGUUUGAGAGCUCUUCUCCUAGUCAACAUGAUCUAACAUAACACACUGAUAAAAGCUGGCAGAAACGAAAAGUUUGUCUGAUGCUCCAAAGUGAUUUGAGUUUCCCUGAAGAAUAAGAAACAUUAUCAUUACUGACUCAGCUGUUCUGCUUACCUGAAUUCUGAGUUGCAUUUUUUUCUAUUUUUUUUUUCUAUUUUUUUAUUUUUAUGCUUAAUUUUUUUAACCCGAGGGAUCAUUAUGAUUGAAUGUGUUGAUGUUCAGAUAUUUGGGAGGUGGGGUAGAAGUUUGAUUCUCCAAACAGAGGAUACUGUAUCCGUUGUACUGUAAGGGGUUAAUAUGUAGCACAGGCCAAGUCAUUAGGCUCAUUUACACCACCUUCAACACUUUUACUCUCAUUGCCUAAAUGGCUAGAGAUGUGGCAUCAGAGUUUAGGGCUGAAUGUAUGAACAUGAAUAGCUGAGGAACAAACUGCAUGAAGAGCAUCUGAUUGAGUACCUGAAUGGUAAAUAAUGAGCAAGUAGCUUUUUGCACCCCAAUUAUUUUGUGCACACUCAGACACUACCGUUGUUGCAUUGUUUUGAUUUUGCAUAUUUUAUUUCUUAAUUUUUUGGUGGCCCUUACCUGUGUACAGUUUCCUGCAGAGCAGUGAAAAUUAACUGUGUAAAAAGGGAAGAUUACAUAUCAUUUCUUGCGCCAACCCUCCAACACCACACUCACGUGAUUCCUGUGUUAUUAAGGCCAAAGGAAUUGGAGGGAUCUCUCAGCCUGGUCUUUUAUUUACCUUUUCUCAGUGUCACAGAACCUGAUGAUCACUGGACACUCCCUCCUUCCCAUUUCUGUGUUAGUGCCACAGAUCCUUAGGAGAACACACAGGUUCACACACCAGAGGGGUGUACUACGAAGUGAGCUGAAUUGGUUACUGAGCUUAAAGUCAGAGAUUUCAUUGUUACAAAGGUGGCUCUCUUUUCACCCGUGGUAAAUAUUGCUGAACGCAUAACCUGCUUCAGAGCCCGAAGCAGGAAGCCCGAGUUAACAAAGGCAGCUAACGACCACUGUCAUGGGGUUUUAGGUUUUGUUAAGCCAGCUAACACAAAAAAACCCUGGCUGUGUUGAAUUUGCUUUAUGGUACACCCCUUAGAGAGACUUCUGACACACACACACACACACACACACACACACACACACACACCACACACACACACACACACAUAUGCAUGCAUACAAUGCCAAAAUAAUAAGUGAGAUGGCAUCGAUUUCUCUUUUGAUCAACAGGAUGGAAAUCAUUUUGUAAUUGCAACAUCAAGGAUCGUUGACUUGGAGCACUAAUGUCCUUCAUUUACGACCCUCUCUCCUCUAAAUCAGCUGUUUAUUUGCAAUUAGAGUAUGCCUUAAGUACAGAGAAAUUAAAACGAUGUCUGUGUUCAUGCCAUCUUGAUUUAGUUUUAUUUGAAGAGCAUUUGCUGUCAAAGAAGUUAUGCUUUUUUUUUUUCUUUUUACAUUUAGACACAAGUGAUUUUGACUGUUUUUCUUUGGUUUUCUUUUAAACAAUUUUCUUGUAUUGUAA